AUGUCCGCCCCCGCCGAACUCUCCUCGUCUUGUCGCCGCGCUCCCACCGCUAACAACACUAACAAUAAUAACAGUGCCGCCCAUGUCGCCUCUCCUACCGCCUCCCGGACGCUCCCGGCCACCACGGGCGGCGGGGGCUCAGGGGCGCCGCCCCCCGUCACCUCCAACAGUUCUUCUCCGCAGUCACCGGGUCCCCCUUCGUCUCCCUGUCCCUCCCCCAAGGGCGCUGGGUCGUCGCCCAUGACGUCCCCGCGCCCCCAGAGGGCCGCCGCCCGCGCGUCGCCCUCGUGCAUGUCCCCAAAGCUGCCCCCUCCACCUUCCCAUCCCAGCCCUCACCGUGGGCGCCAUUCUCCAGUCCCUGGGGCUUCGGGUGCCACCCACGCCCGUAGCCCCACCCCUGGCACAGCGUCCCCCGCCCUCGGCCGACGGGGCAAUGGCUUCCCGGGGUCGGCCACCUCCUCGCCCGUGUCGGGGAGACAGAGCCGAGGCUCGCCCUCCGCGACGCCCAAUCCAACCCCGACGCCGCCUCCAGCUGCACCAGCCGUCCCGCAGGCCGCCUCCGCCGCCCACGGAGUCACGCCCGCGCUCAACCCUGUCAGCACCCUCAGCUCUACCCUCGGCACGAGCACUAGUUCAACCUCAAGCAAGGCUCAAAGCACGGCCCCAAGCAAGGCCCCAGUCACGGCCCCAAGCAAGGCCCCAGUCACGGCCCCAGGCAAGGCCCCAGUCGCGGCCCCAGUCACAGCCCCAGGCAAAGCCCCAGUCACGGCCCCAAGCAAGGCCCCAGUCACGGCCCCAAGCAAGUCCCCAGUCACAGCCCCAGUCACGGCCCCAAGCAAGGCCCCACACCAACCACAGCCCCAACCACAGCCCCAACCACAGUCCCAACCACAGCCCCAGCCACAGCCCCAGGCACGGUCCCCAUCACGGCCCAAAGCACAGCUUCUAGCACGGCCCCCAGCAAGACCCAGAGCACGACCACUGCUUCGGCCUCCAGCAAAGUUCUCGGCCCGAUCGCCGUCAUCGGCUCGAGCAAAGGCGCCGCUGCAGCUCCCGCCAAAGUCCCGGCCUCGAGUGCGUCUGCCAAGAGCACCAGCACAGCCUCCAGCACAGGCACGAACUCGAACUCGGGCAGCGGCGCCGCCACGGGUGCCACCAGGAAGGGCGUCUACACACGCAGCCCGCGUCCCCCUCCGCCGCACCGCUUGAUCCGCCAGCACUCGCUGGCCGCGGUUUUGGGGCUUUUCCGCGGGCGUGACGAGCGCGGCAUCGGGGGCGAGGGGGGCGAGAACCCUCCCGAGGACUGGGCCACAGUACGCGAGGAGCCAGAAGAGCUGGAACGGUCGUCCUCCAGCAACAACUCUCGCUCACACUCCAUCCCGUCCACCUCGGUGCCGCACCUACCGCAGGACGCCCGACGGAAACGCCGUAGCUCAUGCCACACCGACAUGACUGGCUCCUCGCUCGCGAGCGGCGGCUUCCCCCUGAUCCCG